GUACCGGUACCCCAAAGAACUUCCAGCUUUGGCGUGGCAAGAUAUUAGCACGACAAGGUCGAAGAACCGCUAAAAAUAAGUUUGACAAGUUUAUUACACAAAAUUUUGAAGUGAAAAUCAAAUCACAUAGACCACGUGUACCACUGUAACCUACGUGAAACUCAAUUUUUAUGUUGGAAUUAUAACAACGAGCUCAAUUUCUUGUUCUUCCAGGAUAACAAGAUUAGUUUGAACGUGGAAUCAACAAAAGAGUGACAAAUUGCCCCACCAGUCGUCUGCUAUAUGUGCUCGGUUCGCCCUUUUCAGACUUUUUUUGUUAUUGGCUUCUUCGUGGAUUUUAUUGUGAUAUGUAAAGGCGCCCGAAGGAUUUUUCAGGUUAAUGAGAUUUUAUUUGUUUACACAACUGUGUGUGUUUGCGCGUUCUACAUCAGCGUCAAUUAUAAAUAACUUCGCCGACUUUCAAAUCCACUGUUUCGACGUCUGAAAUUGCUAUUUUAAAGUUAGUGUUUUUGUUGGGCUUGUGCUUUACGUAUAUAUAUAACUGUUUCUGAAACUGCGUCAAAUGAUGUAAUGUUCCCGAUUGUAAAUAAUUCUCACUGUUUUUUAUAUUUUAUCGAUACAUGUUUUCUCAUUUUAAUGAGCUUUGAAAAGGCUUUGCUCGAUUUUGAAUCGCGUUCACUCUUUUGUGUGUUUACACUUUUUUUUGGCAAGUAGGCAUGUACUUGUAGUUGUACGUUUUCAACUUUGUUAUGAGUUACGCUCGCCUCUCAGGUAUCUGUGCCUAUUGUUUGUCUGCUUACCUUUUGUGUUGUUUUGAUUUAUAUGCCAGAGAACCGAAAUAAAUAAUUGAUUGGUUGCUUUUUAUAUAAUUGUCGUAUAGUGAACGGUGAUCGGAGAAAAUUAUAAUCAAGCUAGCUCUAGUGCAAAUAAAGUUGCAGUAUGCCAGUUUUUCUUUAAAAUUGUAUACAAAAAAUAUUGAAAUCUGCGAGCAGCGCAAGUAUGGAUUCAAGACAAGACGCCUCAAUACAAGAAAAUCUCGGAGAAACUGCCUGUACUACUAAUAGAACUACUAAUAGAUAUGCUAAAAUGAAAGAAAAUAUUUCGAUCGACGGAACGACAUGCGGCAUACAAAUAUCAUCUGGUACAAAAAGAUACAUAUUUACUGGCUUACAACGAUUUGCUUCUCCACGAUGGGCACUAGCAUUCUUGUCGCUUGCAUACCUCUUCUCAGAUGGAGUGCUACUUGGAGUUUUCAACGUAACAAUAACGACCAUUGAGAAACAAUUUCAUCUUCGAACAAUGGAAUCAGGAGUCAUCGGUGGGAUGAUAGAUCUCGGUGCAUGUAUUGCGCUUAUCGCAGCUAUAUUCUACGGAGAAAAACUUUUUAAAACGCAGUGGAUUGGGAGAGGAAUUCUUAUAAGUGGUCUGGGAUGCAUUAUUUUCGUUAUACCCCAUUUUACCUCACCACGUUACACCUAUGGCUAUGGAGUCACCAAUUACUGUGGAAAUGUCACUGAAAUGAACUGCAGUGCUUCACCUAUCCGAAACUACAGAUUUAUAUUCAUGUUGGGAACAUUUUGUUGUGGUAUUGGUUCGGAAUUCCUUCCUUCUAUCGGUAUAACAUACCUGGAUGAAAACGUUAAGCAAAGAUAUUCAUCGAUGUAUAACGGGAUUUUUUACAGUUCAUCAGCAGUUGGUACGUCCAUAGGAUAUUUACUUGGCGGUGUGACUUUAGAACUGUACAAUCAACCUUAUCAGAGUGUAUCGAUUGACACCACGAGCUCUUUGUGGGUUGGAGCUUGGUGGAUUGGAUACUUGGUUGGAGGAAUAGGAAUCAUUUUGUCAUCUGUUCCGGUGAUGUUACUUCCCAAAAAAUUACCAAAUACGAAUGAUUUAAGGAAAAAAAGAGAGCAAAGAAAGGAUGACAGCGAAAGAAGUGACGGAGAAAAGCAUAUGGGAAAACAACUUUUGGAUUUAUUCAAAAAUGGCGUAUUUGUUUCGGUGAUGUUGGUUGGUGUCAUGCACAAAGCUCUAAUCUUUGGUUUUGCAAAUUAUUCAAUUAAACUGGGAGUUGAAUUGCUUGGAUUGGAAGAAACUAGAGCAGCUUAUUAUUUGGGGGCUCUGGUUAUAGUUGCAUCAACGUUGGGUUAUGUGAUAAGUGGCGGAGUAAUAACAAAAUUUGACUUAAAAUUGGAAGGAAUAUUAAAGUUUAUGUUGGGAACUAGCAUUGUUUCGUUUUUGUUUGUGUUUGGAUUCAUGCUGAAAUGCCCUGAAAAAGAUUUUGCUGGAGCAACAAUAGCUGUCGAUACCAGCAAUGCAAGUAAUUAUAUCAAAUCCAUUGAAUCAAAGUGCAAUACAAAAUGCGGGUGCAGUACAGAUAGAUUUAAUCCGGUUUGCGACGAUCUAGGCGUGACUUAUUUUUCCCCAUGCUAUGCAGGGUGCUUAACACAAAUGAACGAAACGUUUUUCUCAGAUUGUCAAUGCCUUUCUGGAGGAAAUAUUACAAGCGUAGUUUCGUCUGAAAAAUGUGCUCAUGAAAUUUGCCCAAACAUGAUUACAAUGGCAUUGAUACUGUUCGUUAGUUAUUUCAGCGGAUUUCUUGCAAUUACUCCCAUUGUUCAAGCUACCUUGAGAUGUGUCAGCUUCAAUCAACGAACGAUGGCACUCGGUGUUGAGAAAAUUGCUCAAAUACUUCUCGGAAGAUUACUGGGUAGACUGCUGUUUGGCGAGGCUGUUGAAGCAGCUUGUUUGGUUUCAAGCACAGAGUGCGGAGACCGCGGUACUUGUCGAUCGUUCCAGAAAUCAAACUUAGCAAGAAAUAUCACGCUGCUGAUGGCUUCGGAACGGUUUCUUGCUGUUGUCUUCGUCGCAGUUGCAUUACUAAUGUUGAAGCGAAUUCCGAAGCGAGGCAAGUAUAUUGAAGAAAGUAAUCGAGUAGAUGUGAACUGGUAGAACUGAAUACUAUUGAAACUUUUUGGACACUAAAUGUACAGAAGAUCGUCCACUUAAAACUUUGAUGUUGUUUCUUUUGGGGUGAUUGUUAUUGUUGGGAAAAUUUUCUUAUCCUCAAAAGUAUAUUUAACUAAUCGUAUUAAAAUUUUCAUUAUUUGAAGAUUGUUGAUGUCGUCAUAAAGCACUGAAACUAUAUUUUAUUUUUACAAAUGUCAUGAUUACUAACCCCAAAUUUUUCGAUUUCGACGAAUAUUGCACCAUGGGGUAUUACGUCUUUCACCAAACGAUAUCAAUGUGGAUUGCCACUUCAGCAAGACUUGGUUUGCAAUUUUAAAUAAAAACUUUUGAAUGGUCAUAUAUCGUAUUUCAGCCAUUGGACCUCAGUGUCCAUAUAUUCAAGCAUUGGUCUGUUAUUUUUAUUGAUAUGGAUGAGUUUAUACCAUAUUGAAAAUAUAUUACAAUUCAUUAUUAUUGUCUAAUAUUGAAGUGAGAUGCCUACAUAUA